CGUUUUAAUCGAAAUCGAAAGCCGGUCUCAUUUGUUCUUGCUGAAUUGUUGGAAAUAAAGCCCAUUAAACCACAAAAAUGUUACCACAGCGGGGCUUCACAUUGUUUAGAGUCACAGUUUCGAACGUAUGCAUAACUCGACCGCUUUCCUCUACUGCAGAAACCAUACGAACACAGUACAGCAACGUAGAUCAGCAGGAGGUGGAAAACCUUUCAAAACAGUCCAGCGAAUGGUGGGACCCAUGUGGUCCGAUCCGGGGAUUACACGCGAUGAAUGCGCUCCGAGUUCCGCUAAUCCGGGACGGGCUGAUCGCCACCGGGAUCGUCGGUAAAGAGAGAAUAAGCAAACCAAAGGUGCUGGAGAACGUCAACAUCCUUGAGGUGGGCUGUGGAGGGGGAAUUUUGAGCGAAGCGCUAGCCAGACUUCAUGCCAAAGUUGUGGGCAUUGAUCCGAGCGAAAAGCUGAUUUCGGUUGCCUGCGAACAUGCUAAAGCCAGCGCAGUGUUGAGCCCAGACCGCAUCCAGUAUCACGUGGAAACGAUAGAGCAGCAUGCUUCGAAAAAUCCAGAACGGUACGAUGCAGUCGUUGCGUCGGAAGUGCUUGAACACGUUAGCGACAAAGUGCUGUUCAUUGAGCAGUGUGUCGGUGCUUUGAAGCCCGGAGGAUCCCUCUUCAUUACGACGAUAAACAAGACAGCGCCAUCGUGGUUGGGAGCGAUCGUAGCUGCGGAAUAUUUACUUCAUUUGGUCCCUGAGGGCACCCAUGAUUGGGAUAAAUUUGUGUCCCCGGGUGACCUGCAGAGGAUACUAUCAUGCUACAAUUGCAACACCAUUGUGGAGCAUGGCAUGUUCUACCAGUUCUGGGCGAACCAGUGGUGCUGGACAGGAAACACCGAUAUUAACUACGCCAUUCAAGCAGUGAAGCUGGCAGAAACUUAACCAUCCCAACAUGAUUUUGUAAGUCAGACCGAGCUAAGAGAUCUUUGCCAAUAAAUAUUUGUUGAG